CAUACCAUAUAUAAUUUUGCAAACCAAGGCCAUCAAAGAAGAGAGCAAGGGAUAUUACCCAAAAAAAAAAAAAAAAAAAAAGAGGAAAAGUAAAGAAAAGAAAAGCUCUCUAAAGUCGAGUGGAGGAGUAAUCGCAAAGGCAAACGACUCUCUUUUGGUCUGCGAAUUUCUUUAUGGGGGGAACUGAGUACAGGAUCCGGGGGAUGUUGAAAUUGAAGAACGGGACCAAGAAAAGAUUAAGAAAGAGAUGCUAAAGAACCCGCAAAAGAUCAACAUGUAUUUUACCAAAUGGAUUUCUGAUCUUGAUUGGCGUUUGCUUUUCUUAAUUAUCCCUCCGCUCUCUCUCCUCAUCUUCCUCUCCAUCUCUUCAGUUCCCACCAAUCCUUUUUCCUCUUUUGCCCCAAUCCGUUCCUUCUUACUUGGCCAUGCUUUCCAGCAAGCCAAUAACAUUUCCGUAAGCCCCUCUGGAUAUCAGGUUUCCUCGCCCAACUUCGUGGUGAGUCGGAAUAAAUCGGCGGAAGCUCAGUCGUGGAGGAGGCGGAAGGAUGAGUUGGAUCGGUCGAGAAUAGCGGUUUGUUUGGUUGGUGGGGCCAGAAGGUUCGAGCUCACGGGACCGUCGAUAAUGGAGAAGAUUCUCAGGGAGUACCCAAAUUCGGAUCUUUUCCUACACAGUCCGUUGGACCAGAACGCAUUCAAGUUCUCGCUCCUUAAGAGUGCGCCAAGACUCGCCUCAGUCCGAAUCUUCGAGCCUAAAUCCUUGCCGGAGACUGAGUCCCAGCUCCGUGUUCUAACCGCGAAGAACUCGCCCAAUGGCAUCCAGGGUCUCUUACAAUAUUUCAACCUCGUGGAAGGGUGCCUCACGAUGAUCCAAAACUACCAAAAACAAAGCGGCUUCGUUUACGACUGGAUAGUCAGAACCCGAGUGGACGGGUACUGGAACUCCCGGCUCCACCCAAGAAACUUCAUUCCUGGUCAGUAUAUGGUGCCACCGGGAUCCACAUACGGCGGGCUCAACGACCGGCUCGGCAUCGGAGACCUUAACACCUCCAUUGUCGCUCUAUCCCGUCUAUCCCUCGUACCGGAGCUUGACUCUGCAGGGUUCCGCCAGCUCAACUCGGAAACCGCUUUCAAGGCGCAACUCAACACCAAAGGAGUAGCUUACGUAGCGAAACGCUCGCCGUUCUGUGUGGUGACGGAUCGCAAGUACUCGUUCCCGCCGAGCCGUUUCGGAGUGCCGGUGGCUGCAUUGUCGAGCCCGGGUCCUCUAAGUGGAGCGAAGUGCAGGCCGUGCACGCCGGUUUGCCGAGGGCCGUGUGUGGCGGACGUGAUGAUGGGGCUGGAUAGGGGGUGGAGCUGGACCAACUGGGGCAACGGGACGCUUGAGCUGUGCGAUGCGCAUGACGAUUGGGAAGCGGGUUGGGAGAAGAUAUUUGAUCGUCUAGUUGGCAAGAAACUUUCGUCUGAGAGGAAACGAGUUUCGGGUUUGACGAUGAAGCAGUGUAUUGAUGAUUUUAUGGAAAUGCAAAGCCGGACUGUAAACUGGGAGGCUCCGCCGGUGGAGGAGAUAUGUAGAUUAGGAGCCAGGCCCACGUGAAAUGUCUUGUUUUUGGCUUGUGGCUAUGGUCAUGUAAAAAAGGUGAGAAAAGAAAACUAAGAGGGCAUUUUUGGGUUUGUAAAUUUUUACUUUCCCUUUGAAAUAUAUGUUCUUUGAAUUUAUAUGUGCUGAAAUAUUUUGUAUUUUUUAGGGGAAAAAAUCUUUAAAAAAAAAAAAAAACUAAUUGUAUUAUAUCGUCAAAAUCUACGGGUAGGGUUCUCACUGAA